CUAUUGUAUUUCGCCGAAAUGCUGUUAUCUGUCUGCUCCUGGAGCAUCCUGAGAUAGACGUGAAUGGUCAAACCUACGAUGCUGCCUUUCAUAAGGAUUUCACCCCUUUACAAGAAGCGGUAAUAGGAUGCAACGAGAGCGUCGUGGAAAUGCUGCUCGCGCGGAAAGAUGUGGAACUCAAUAUCAAAGACAAAUCCUCCCGCACGGCAUUGCAUUACGCAGUCCAAACAGGAGUUGGAAAGCUCGUGAGUCUGCUGGUGGCCCGGGAUGACGUUUACAUCAAUAUCAAAGAUGAACACUCCAAGACCGCAUUGCAUUUCGCAGUCAUGACUGGGUUUGCAGACAUUGUGAGCCUGGUACUAGCGCGGAAAGACUUGGCAAUCAAUGUGCAGGAUGGCGAGCUCAAUACGGCAUUGCAUGCUGCAGCCAAAUAUUCGAGAUAUAGCCAUGGCCAAGAAGAUAUCGUUAAACUGCUCUUGGACAGUUGGGUUUCGAAAAAACAUAGUCGGUCGGUAUCUGUCCGAAGUUCUCUGUAUCUACGUCGUCGACUGUCGGAAGGAUCGGCUCUGAACGUUUACAAAACCUUCAGCACCACUAGCAUAGAUAUACCAGGUUGCAGACCCGAAGGCCGCUGUCUGAAUCUUCAUGGAAUCUAGGUCAUGGUGCAGAAGUCCACUGUGUUUGACAAUGCCAGUCAUGAGUGGACAUGGAAAGGCCAUGGCUAGGUCAGAUUAUCUACCAAAGGAGCAGUCCAAGGAACCCAUUUGACGUGGUACUAUCCAAUAUCGAGUCACAAAACGACCCGUAGAAU